AUGCCUUUACAAAUUAGAGAAGGUAAAAAUAACGAGGGUUAUGCUAGCCUCACUCCCUUGGGUUGGUGCGCUCAUGGGAAGGUGUGCGUGCCGCAGGGCGUCCGCCCGCCCACGCAGGUCGAGUCUAACCUUUUUAUUUCAGAGGCGGAGCACACGACGGAUACCUCAGAGGGUAUCGAUCUGUUAAGGCAGAUCCACGAGGAGGUCCGGCUGUCAUUCAGGGUGGACACGAUGGGCGUGACGUGCGCGCCGCCGCGGCAGAACGCGCAGGACGCGCGCGCGGUUGCGCAGCUGCAGCAGUCCGCGGAGCUGCGCGCCGGCCGCUGGCACGUCGGCCUUCCGUGGACGGAGGACCACCCAUCCAUGCCUGACUCGUAUCCUAGCGCUCUUAAAAGGAUGAAAGGUAUCGAAAAUAAAAUGAUCAAGGACUCUGGUUUUGCUGAAAGGUAUCGGGAGCGCGUGACUCAUUUACUUCAAAAUGAUUACGCAUCUGCGCUGUCAGAUACUCAGGUGAGGCCCAAAACAUGGUAUCUCGCUCAUUUUGGAGUAGAUAACGUUAACAAAAAACGUCUGCGUUUGGUCUUCGACUCGGCAAAUAAGGUAAAUGGCUUAUGUUUAAACGAUUUCUUAUUAACAGGUCCCGAUUUGCUGUCAUCACUAUUUGGUAUUAUGUUACGCUUUAGGGAAAACAAGAUUGGAGUAACCGGUGACAUCAAAGAUAUGUUUUUAAGGAUCAAGAUUCGAGCCGAAGAUCAACACGCUUUAAGGUUCCUAUGGAGGGACAAGCCUACUGACCAACUAAAAACGUAUGUAAUGACAUCACUGCCGUUUGGGGCUAAUUGCAGUCCGUUUGUUAGUCAGUUUAUCAAAAACUUGAACGCGCGACGGUUCGAGUCAACUAUGCCGGAAGCUGUCGAUGCGAUAUGUAAUUCGCAUUACGUAGAUGACUACAUAGACAGUUUUGCAGACGAAGCCUCGGCCAUCAAAAUGGUAAGAAAUAUAAAUUCAAUUCACAGUGCCGGCGGUUUCGAGAUGAGAAACUGGACUAGCAACAGUGUCUCAGUUUUAAAUAGUCUGCCAAAUCAAACCUUAGGUACAGCGGCCGUAAGGUUUAAAGUCGAUCAGCAGCAACAAGGUGAGCGUACUCUCGGGCUAAUAUGGUAUCCAGUCGAUGAUAAGUUAACUUUCGACUUAUCAUUAAAACGGAUUCCCGAAAGUAUUGUCAACGGUGAUGAGCGUCCUACAAAGCGUCUUAUGCUUAGGGUAAUAAUGUCGAUUUUCGAUAUCUUAGGAUUCUUAUCUCCUUUCACCAUUCAGGGACGUAUUAUGCUGCAGGAUACCUGGCGAUUAAAUGUAGACUGGAAUGAUUACAUUCCGGAUGCUAUUUACAACAAGUGGCGAAAAUGGAUUGACCUACUUAAGGUAAUUAGCGACAUACGUAUACCAAGGUGCUAUCAGUCAGCUAUUCGCAAUCACAACCACGGAGAUGUCGAGUCUCCAUCUGUGCGAGUAAGCGAGACGGCAGAUCACCCGAGCGGAGCAUCUGCUGGUACCCCGAGCGCGACGUUGCCGCUAUCGACGAUCGCGCCUGGCAACGGUGCGCCUACGUCAUGCGCUACGAAGGUCUACGAAUCCGUAGCAGAAGCUACAAGCGCUACGCGUACGGCAAAGGUAGGUUAUAAUAACUUACAAUUGCAUGUGUUUUGUGAUAGUAGUACUCGGGCUAUGUGUACUGUUGCUUAUUGGCGUUGGGAGAUAAAUGGUUGUAUUAAAGUUGCCUUUAUUGCCAGUAAAUGUAAAGUUAUGCCUGUGAAACCAUUGACAGUACCUAAGGCCGAGUUACAAGCUGCACUAUUAGCCGCAAGGCUGGCUAAUACAAUAGGUAAGGAGCACAAGAUAGUUCCCGAGCGGCGUUACUUCUGGUGCGACAGUUCAACUGUGUUGCACUGGGUGCGUAACAAUACGCGCUCAUAUAAAACGUUCGAAGCGAACCGGUUGGGCGAGAUUGAUGAGUUAUCCCGCGUAGACGAGUGGAAUUAUAUACCUACAAAACUAAAUGUAGCGGAUUUAGCUACGCGGGAGACUUUCGAUCACGCUCAACUAGAUGAAUGGUUCGCGGGUCCGAAUUUUUUAUAUGAAGACGUAUCCUUAUGGCCAAAAGAUGUGAUUUUGUCACAGUCAGACGCCGCGUCGCCUGAAUGUGUUGCUGUCGUACACGACGGUUCAAUUGGACUGGCUGUACCGGACCCAUUGCGGUUUUCUUCUUGGUUGCGCUUGAAGCGGGCCACAGCUACGGUACUAGCGUUUAUCGACAGAUGCAAAGGUACUCAGAGUCAAGUCGACUGCGGUACUAUGGAACGAGCUGAAAGAUUGCUUAUACAGCACGCACAGGCGGAGUCCUUCGGCGAAGAUAUCGCCACUAUUAAAAAUGGUAAGCCAUUGCACCGCUCUAGUAGAUUGCUCUCUCUGUCACCGGUGUUGGACGAACAUGGUCUGCUGCGGGCGAGCGGCCGCAUCGAUGCUGUAACAGACGUACCUAUUGAUGUUAAGAGGCCGGUGAUACUCGAUGGUCGGCAUCAGGUGAGUAAGUUGAUCGUCCGAGAUUAUCACGUGAGGCUGGCGCACGGGAACCAAGAAACCAUAGUUAAUGAGGUAAAACAACGGUUCUGGAUCUUACGUCUAAGACCAACCGUGAAGUUCAUAGCAUCAUCCUGUAUGCUGUGCAGAAUCCGUAAGUGCCAACCGCGUAUUCCGCGAAUGGGGGACUUACCGAGGGCACGAAUGGCGCACCAUCAGCGUGCAUUCUCAUACUGCGGUUUAGACCUGUUCGGACCGAUGGAGGUCGUCGUGGGACGACGCCGCGAGAAAAGGUAUGGUGUUUUGUAUACUUGCCUGACGGUGCGCGCGAUCCACAUUGAGCUAGUCUCCUCUCUGACUUCGGACUCGCUGAUAAUGUCGCUGCGUCGGAUGGCGGCCAGGCGUGGCUGGCCAUCACACCUGUUCUCCGAUAACGGAACAAACCUGCGUGGCGCUUGUACUGAGCUGCAGCGAUCGAUGCAGGAACUGAACGCCGAAGAGCUGAAAAGCUACGGUGCUAACAAAGGUAUGGAGUGGACUUUUAUCCCCCCCGCUAGCCCCCAUUGGGGUGGGGCGUGGGAGAGGCUAAUUCGUAGCGUUAAAACGUCUCUUAAAGUAGUUUUAAAUGAGCGUGCACCACGGGACGAAGUUCUAAGCACGCUUAUGGCGGAAGUAGAGAAUAUAGUGAACAGUCGUCCCUUGAUGCACGUCUCUGUAGAAAAUGGAGGUGUGGAAUCACUCACACCGAACCAUUUCCUUCUUGGCACGUCGUCAAAUCUGCCCACUAUCGGUUCUUUUGACGGCUCUGACCUGUACCUGCGGAAACAUUGGCGUACAGCUCAGCGGCUAACCGAUAUGUUCUGGCAGAGGUGGAUGAAGGAGAUCCUACCCGACCUCAUACCAAGAAGGAAAUGGCACGAGGAAAGUAAGCCGCUGCAGGUGGGCGACCUGGUUCUUGUUGUGGACCCGAACUCUCCUCGCAACAUGUGGCCAAGAGGUUUGGUCACUCAGGUGUUCGCCGGUAAGGACGGGCGCAUAAGGUUGGUGGAGGUGAAGACCAAGACUGGGACUUGGCGUCGGUCUACGGCACGCAUCGCACCUAUCUCUUUAGUUAAUUAG